CUCCUACCUACUUUGCGGGGGCGUUUCGUGACUGCAGUUUUGACCACGUGCCGUGCUCCUUAACUAUCCGCAAGCAUACUGCUCUGGACGGAAUCAACAUCCUUAUUCAGAAGGACAUACCCUAUGUUCUCGCUGUCCGUGCUGCAUUGGCAAGUUUCAGAAAAUCUUGUCUGUCGAGCAAUUCCCUGAGACGCAAGCCAAGCCGCCAGCCAACCUCACGGUCACCCCCACACCACUUUUUCAGCCAUACACCACACACCCGAUCCCAAACAAGCCAGCCCCUCAACGAUGUGGGCUAUGUGCGGAAGACCCUGCCUCGGAUUCACCGCACGACAUCUGUAUCGGUGACAGCAGCAGCAGCAGCAGCCCCCACACACAGCCAGGCAGCACCGUGUGCCUGGAACGGCACUGUCGCCCAACAUUAGCAGCUGCAGCAGCAGCCGGACGUCACCGACGAAGGCAGCACCAUAGCUGCGCUGUAGGCCCAUGGUGCUGUCAUGGAGCCUCAAUGGGCCCGCGGCAGCAGCACCAGCAGCGCGAUCCAAGCCGCGGUACGACUUCCGUCUCGAAGAUCAGGACUGGGAUAAGGUGUGCUGGGGCCACCUGCCCAAGAGUGACGCCCGCUCGCUGCCGCACCAGCUCUCCCGGCGGGCCAAGUGGGCGGCGGUGCUGCGGGCGGCGGCGCGGCCCGAGGGCGGCGGCUGGCGGGCGGACUUCAGGCCCGAGGAGGUCACCACAUGGAGGCUGCAGGCGCUGGCUCGAGUCAUAGACCAGGAGUUCUUCCAGGGAAGCUUCCAUAGAGCUGUGACGAGGCGACUAGGACGUCCAUUGCUGUACCAGGCCGUUGACAAGUACGGCGACCAAGCCGUACAGCGGGGGGAAACGUUAGUGACGUCAGCAGUCGUACAAUCUGCGUCAUCAGCAUCCUCCUCCUCGGUAGCGGUUCCAUGGGCAACCCUACCAACAGCAACUCUAGCAUCCAGGAGGAGGUCCGGGUUAGCGCCGCCGUUGGUGGUUGUACGACCAACGCUGUUGCUGCCGCCGCCGUCAGUGUUGAAUGCAGUCGGUGGUUCCGUUUCUGCUACCGGCAGCGCCGGGGGCGGAGCUAGCGGCACCAGCAGCAGCGAUUGUAACGACGUCGCCGCUGCCGCCAGUGGUGGAGGCGGAGAGGGAAAGCGCUGGGGUUGGUUGGGUAGCCUGAGGUUGCGGCGGGGAAGCGGGCAGCAGGUGGGGGGUCCUGGUGGCGCCAGCGGCGGCACUGCUGUCGCCGUCAGCGCUAGUUCUGGCGGUAGCGGCGGCAGGGAUGGCGCCAAGGGCGGAGGAAGAGGCGGAGGGGGAGGCAGGGGCAAGGCUGCUACGGCUGCUGCAGCGGUGCCGGUGGUGUCGCGUGCGGCCACCGACGGCAUCACAGCCACCUACAGCCCCAACCGAGGGCUGGUGACGUUCUACCGGCGGGCGUGGAGCCACUCGCCUACCCUGGGGCAACCCAUACGGCUGGACGGCAUUCCGUGUACUACAAAGCUCUCCUGGCUCGCUCACACGCUGGGUCACGAGAUGCUGCACGUGCUGCUGAGGACCAUGUGUGGCGGGUUCUCCCGGGACGCGCCUCAGAACAUGGCGUUAGAGGGGCACGGCUACAACUUCCUCAUGCUCAACUGGUACGUGCUGGGCCACCGAGGACAUGUGUACGACACCUCUGGCUGGAGGCCGCCACCGCCAUUGCCGUACAGGCUUUGACGAGCAUGUACGGAAGAUCUAUCAGCAGCAGCGCUGGCAUUGCCUGCUGCCUAGCGUUGCUGUACACCAGCAGCCAAGCAGCCAAGCAUUUGGACGCCCCUGCGUUGGUUGCAUGCAAGCAUGCCUUUGCCAUACUCA